UUCGAUCUGGUUGGUUGUGUUUUUUGGCUUCUCUCUGCGUGCGCCGUUCGUAGGUGGGAAAAACGGAAAACACAGGAAAACUUUGAAGCCGAAGAAGAGGCAAAGCAAACUGCAGUUCGCACUUGUAUCUUUGUCCUGUGUAUGGAAACCAAUCGGAAGUCCUGCAUCCCAGUGACAUCUCGCGGAUUUUCCUCCUUGCUUUUCCGACCCCGUUUGCCGGCGAAAACAAAGAGCGGCAAAGGAGAGGCAGCAAAAACAAACGCAGAAGGCGAAGCAAAAUGUGAAAAUUGCCGGACAUGGCGCCGCGUGUGUGAAAGAGAGAAAACGAACGUGUGAGAGAGGGACGGCGAUCGAAGAUAAACAAUAGCAACAAUUUUUGAUACUUAACGUUCUACAUCAACAAUAAACUCAGCUCAGGUACAACAAAAACUAAGAGUAAAGCAGACUGCGUAAACGGGAAUUUUUCGAAAUAUUUUUGAUACACACAGCCAGGGGUGUACGAUUUUAAAAGCAAUAAAAAAGCAAUCACCAAGUCUAAAAACAAAACCAUCUUGACCAAACCAAGAAUCUAAAAACAAUCUAAAAAGUCGCAUUUACAAGAAAACUUAAUAAAACUCCGACAAACUAAAACUUGAAAACCGGAAAAAUUAAAAAAAAAACAUUCUUAAUUCCGAUAAAAACAGACUUUUGUCUGGCCAUCCCCACUUUUCUACAAAAUAAAAAGUCCCUAAGAGAAAAUAAUUUUCGAGCAGCCAAUGAGAAGUGGCCAAUAAUUUCCCAAACUGGAAAUACCCAAAAAUCGGUUCGAAAAUAUUCUGAAAUCGGUUCGAAAACAAGGCACUGGAGGCAUUCGAUAAGUAUACACCGAGAGCAUUUAUGGGCCACAAGUCACAGCAUAAAUUCGCGGCCAGACUCAACAAGCAAUAUCUUCAAGUUUAAAAUGGUGGCAAACAUGCUGGUCCGAAAUAGAGAUUGAGGAUUGGGGAUUCUUCGAGGCAGCCCAGCAAAUUGUUUAAAGGCAACACAGUGCACACUUGAGAGCAGGGAAAAACAAUAAAUUUAUGGCUCCGCGGCGCAACAGCAACAUCAGCAGCAGCGGCAACAGCAGCACCCAGCAGCAGCAGCAGCAGCAGCAGCAACAGCUGCAGCAGCAACACCACACGCAGCAGCAGCAACUGCUGCAGUUCUACGCGGAGAACGCGAACUCCUCAGGCGUCCUCAUGGCGCCCAUGCAGGGAGGCGUUGGCGGGGGCGUGGCGCGCUGCUGCCUGCCCAGCGGAGAGUGCCGCAAGCUGGACGCGCUGAUACCGCUCAACGAACCGGCCCUGGCCGACUGCGUCCGGGUGCUGUGCAACAACGAGAACUGCAGCGCCGGCCAGUACAUGCACCGCGAGUGCUUCGAGCUGUGGGAGGCGGGCGUGCUGCAGACGCUCAAGGCCAGCGGCAGGGCCCGCUCCUGGUCGGAGCGGCAGCGCCUCCAGCACCUGUGGACCAAGAAGGGCUACGAGCUGGUCCACAAGGCCUGCAGCUGCAAGUGCGGCCGCGGGCAGCUGCGCAAGGACCUCGAGUGGGUGGCCCCCGCCGGCCAGGGCGUCCUGUACCUCAGUGGCUCGGGCACUCGCAGCUCGAGUGGGCUGAACGGCAACCUCAGCGAGGACGACGACAAGAAGAAGGCCAAGAAGAAGCGCAAUCGCAAUGGCAACGGCAACGGCAACGGCAAUGGCAGCGCCAAGGCUCCCCUGAGCCAGAGUAACGGCAGCAGCUACGGCGCCCUGACGCCCAAUCCCAACGUGGGCGUCAUAGGGUCGGGCUUGCCCCACAACAAUGGCAGCAGCGGCGGCAGCAGUGGCAACAACGCCCCUUCGGACCUGCUGCAGCCCAGUGUGGUGGCCACGCUGAGCAACAUCCUCAAUCCCAACAAUGUCCUCGGCCUGGACUUGCGGGCCAGAGCGGGCAGCCUGUCCUCCAGCGGAGCAGGCAGCGGCUCCACAUCGCCCUCAGCCUCCCAGUCCAGUGGCGAGCUCCCCGUCUCGCCGGUGCAGCAGCUGAAGCAAACGCUCCUGAUGCAGCCCGUGGGCUUUCUGCAGAACGGCCUCGGCUUGUCCAAGAACCUCCUGAUGGCUCCCCAGCAGCAGCAGCAGCAGCAGCAGCAGGCGCAGAACAAUUUGCCCGCCCUGGCCAAUAUCAGCAACUUUAAGCCCCUGGCCAGCUACGAGCAGCAGCAGCUCGUGCAGCAACAGAAGAACAAGGAGGUCGAACUCUACUCCGAGCGAGUGCGCUCCACAUCUGGCUGCAAUGGUAUCUUUUCGCGUCGCCUGGACUUUUCGUCGUUCAACUUGCUGCCAAAGACUCGUUUGAAUUCUUAUCAAGUCAAGAUCGAGGACGAGGGCAACCACGGCAACGAUGAGACGCGCCUCUUCAUCCUCUCCUCGCUGGCCCAGUCCCAGAUGAGCCGGGUGGCCUGCAUUCUGUGCGAGGAGCCGCUGCUCGUGUUCGAUCGCUAUCCCCUGGUCGACGGCUCCUUCUUCCUGAGUCCCAAGCAGCAUUCCAGCGGCUGCAUCGAGGUUAAAUACGAGGGACGCACUCUCUACUUGACCUCCGUUUGCAUGAGCUGCCUGGACGGAACCUCCAGCAGCCGCGUCAUCAACUGCAGAUUCUGCAAGGAGCCCUGGGAUGGCUCGAGCCUGGUGCUGGGCACCAUGUACGCCUACGACAUCUUUGCGGCCAUGCCCUGCUGCUCCGAGAGGUUCAAGUGCAAUAACUGCUUCAAGAUGCUGAUGCAUCCGCAGCAGCGUCUGAGCUUCUACAGUGACUACUCGCACGGGGUGACCUGCCCGUACUGCAACACGCAGGACACGCACUUCGUGAAGCCGCUGAGCUUCUGCUACGCCAAGAGCCCGGCGGCGCGGCUGCCGACGAUCGCAUAACAUGAGGCCCCGUUGGAGUCGCCCGUGGGAACAGGUGCCACCGCCACGCAGGUGCCGAAUGCCCAGGGCGCUCCAACGGCCUCCGGCUGCAGCAGCAACAGCAACAGCAACAAGCAGCCAGCGAAGCAGCCGCUCUACAAUGCCGCCAUCGAUUACUCGGCCCCGCUGCAGCAGCAGAUUAAUCCGGACUUGAUCGGAGCCCAUCCGCAUGCCCAGCAGCACCAGCAGCAGGUGCGGCAGCAGCAGCAGCAACCGCAGCAACAGCCGCAGCAGCAGCAACAACAGCAGCAGCAGCCGACGCAGCAGCAACACCAGCCUGCGGUUAGCGCAUUUCAAAGGGCCAACUUCACUCAGCAGCCCCAUAAAACCAUGAAUAUGAUGGCCAUGGCAGAUGUGAUGAGCAAGUACCAGCAGCAGCAGCAACAGCAACAGCAGCAGCAGCAGCAUCAACAACAGCGCCAGCAGCAACACAACCAGCCGCCGCAGCAGCAACAUGCAGCACAGAAAGGACUCGAGGGCCUCCUGCUGACCAACAGCAACACAAACAGCAGCAACAGCAUCAGCAGCAGCAGCAGUAUUAGUAACUUAAUCAUUAGCCAUAAUUCAGCCGGCAAUCCAGGCGGCAAGAUGCAGCCCACCUGGGGCCAGAGCGACGCCAUCUCGGCCCUGUGGGGCUGCUCCAGCAGCAGCAGCGGCUGCUCCUCGGGCGGAUCGCAGCCCUCGCUGAGCCCGACGGCCAGCAGCCAUGGCAACGAUGGCUCCAAGAUGAUGUUGUGGGCGGCGGCCCAGAGCUCCCCGCAAAGUGCAGCAGCAGCAGCAACACUCAGGGAUGGAUUCAAGGAGUUGCAACAGCAGCAGCAGCAGCACAAUCAGCAGGGCCACCACGCCCACGCAGCCUCGCCCACGGCCUCGCUGACCAGCUCCAGUUCGUCCUCGAACGGCUGGAGUGCCUCGCACUACGGCAAGCCCAACAUCUGGGAGCUGCCGGGAUCGGGAUCGUCGGCUGGCCAGAGGACUCCGGCCAGCAGCCACGACCUCUUCACCGAUCUCCUGUGCAACCUGAGCAUCAGCCAGGACAACGGCAGUGGCCAGCAAGCCAAGGUGGACGCCUCCGCCUCGGACGUCAGCUCGAACUCCUCCUCCUCCGCCGGCGAGCUCCUGGAGGCGGCCAACAUCUGGAGGUUUCCCGAGUACGCCAGCCAGCUGUACAACGAGGAGCCCACUGGCGGCGCCGCCGCCUGCAUGCAGCUCUUCAACGACUAUCUCAACAUGAACUAAACGCCAGGCCUGCAGCAUUUGUUACUCUAGCUAAAUUUAUCUAAACAGAAAAAGAACACGCGAAAAAUGAGUAAGCAGGAGUGGAAGGAGAAGCGAGAGUUUUAGUUUUUAAAAUCAUUUGAUUUUUUAUACAACCACCACACACAUCUAAAAAGCGAGAGAAAACAAUGCAAACUAAAAACGAUUUCUUGUUAUUUUUGUUGAGUUUUUUAGUUCUUUGUUUACACACCUACCUAAAACAGAAAAGAGAAGCAAUUUUUAGUUUUAUUUUAUAAAGCAAAUUUUUUAUACAUUUUACCAAAAAAAAACAAAGCGAAAUGUAAAACAAAAAAAAAGGAAAACGAGGAAAGAGGGACAAAAAAAGAAACACAUUUACAUCACGAUUGAGGGACACGUUUUAUUUAGCAAAAAUUGAAGGCAGGGCAUUAAAUUGUUUAAACAAAUCAUGAUAAUUGCUGUGCUGCUCAAUAACACAAAUUAAAAUGCGAGAAAAGCAAAGAAGGAAGGAGUAGAGUAGGAGAGUAAAAGCGAGAAGGGGAGAAUAUGAAACAUUUGCUACAAUUUAUGAGACGUAAUUACAAAACCUAAAUUUAACAAACAACAUAAGCGAUAAGUUGCACAUCUUUACCUAAGCGAUUGGUAAUUAUUCCUAGUUUAGUAAGCGAAACGAGAACCUCUAGAGCCGAUUAAGUUUCUCCCUCCAGUUCGGAACAGUUCAGUUAGGUCCUCAAGGUAAUUCAACCCCCAAACACGCCACCUACCCACCCACUCACACACCCAUAGCAGCCGGGCGGCACAUGCAGCAAGGUCACCACCACCACCACCCCUUUCGGGAGUAUUUCAAGCAGCCCACCCCCACCCACGCCCCCAACUCUCUUAGUUAAGUCCUCGAAAAAGAAAAUAUAAUUAAACUACUUUCGGCGCAGCGUGAUCAUUAAUUAUUAAGCUAAGGUUAGGUUAUAGCGAUCUUGUAAAUGUCUAGGGUUCUUCUCUUCGUCUAAAUAGCAGAGCAGCCGUAUGUGAUGGAUCUCUAAAGGUAGAGUGACGACCGCAGGUGCGCCCAAACACACAUGCGGCACUCACUGUCGAUAGGUUUAGUAGUUGUAAGGUCGGUUUUUCUAAAUUUUAAAUGUGGUUUGCGAGCAAACAUCCAACAAUUUAUAGAGCGGUUCAAUGUUUCCUGUUUUGUGUUUAUUCCGUGCUUAGAAAAGUCACCAAAUCCCCGGGGUAAAUGUCCUUCUCCUGUCCCCAUCCCUCCCAAAUUUGUGAAAAUGUUUGGGCAGCCUGAACUUUAACUCCCCUAUCUGUGAAAUUUUUAAUUCAAUUGAAAAUAGAAACCCACUUGAUACUCCCCUCUCUGUGAAAAAUAGUCUAGGACACCUUUCCUUUUCCAAUUUAAAUUCUUUCAUAAACCCUGUGACGAUUUUAAUAAAAUUGAAAAUAAAACCCACUUGAUAUGACCCAACUGUGAAAGGACUUUAGGCAAGCUAAACCUUAAAAAACUAUUUCUUUUUCGUUUCCAAAAGUUCUGUGAAAGUUUUAAUGAAAUUGAAAGUAAAACCCCACUUGAUAUGACCGUCUGUGACACCCAGUUCAACUCUCUGAAUCUGUGUUAAAUUUUCCUUUUUGGUUUUAUUUAUUUUUCAAUUUAAAAUUCUGUGAACAUUUUAAUGAAAUUAAAAAUAAAACCCUUGAUAUGGUACCAUCUGUGAAGAAAGGUUAGGCCAGCUAAACCUUAUACUCGUUUUUCAUUUCUUAUACUUUCCCAUUUUAAAAUUGUGAGACAUUUUAAUAAAAUUAAAAGUAAAACCUCCCAUCUGUGAGAAAAUGUUUAGGCAGCCUAAACUCAUAAAUCGAUCAGCUGGAACUGUGUUACAUAACCCCAUUCCCUGAAAAACCCUCGUGUUCGUUACGAACCCUAAAAAGUAGACCCCUAAGCUUCGUCAAAUCAUCUGUGAGCAGAGUGUCGCUCCUUCUCCAAAUAGUAUUCCUCUCCGAAAAACAGAUAUUAGCGAAAAGUUGCGACUCUUUUUAAAAACCUUCACUGUGAAAGUUCGAAAAGAACGAAAUUUUUAUAAAAAAUUCUAAAACCACACGAAAUUGUGACUAGGCCAGGCCAAAAAAUCCCUUGUGAAACCAAGUUGAGAACAAACAUUUUCAGAAAAUGUCUAAACCCAGACCCCAAACCAAAAUUGCCUCCUUUAAGACAGCCAAACUGUGAGAUCCCCCAAUUUGCUCAACCCCCUGUGAAAUUAUCCUUCGAAAGGAUUUCUGAUUUUGAGAAAAAUUUAAAACCCCAAACCCGAAAGCAAUUGUGAAGGCGCCUAGAAUGGGCAGUUAACCUCCUUGGUUUCCGUUCAUUUUGGAUAGUUUUUCACUUCUGUGUUUCGAUCAAGGCAUUGCCUGGAAUUUUUUCAAAAAGAAUUCAAAACCACCCUCAAGUAUCUGUGAAUACCCCAUCCCAAAAACCCCCAACAACCCCUAUUUGCCCCCUUUGGUGACUUUUGGUGAGGGACCUGCUUGAAAUACAAAAACCCUGGGGAUCAGGAGUGGGAUCCCAAGCCCGCAUGUGCUGCAGUUUUCCAGUAAUCACAAAUCGAACGCCUCCUUUUGGGCAUUUAGCAUUGCCGCCAUUUUACAUACCAAAUAAUACACGUUAAUUUAACGACAAUUUUUCAGAACGCAGGAAGGGACAAACUGAGUGAUAGUAAAUUUUUUGUAUACAAACCUACGCUAGCGAGACGACUUCGUUAUGCCUACUUAUAGAACUACCAUUAAGUUUAUAAGAACACAACCUUUACCCUAUAAACCUACACCUAACUAACCUAAACCUAAACCUAAACCUAUACCUAAAUUGAUAGAAACUAACGACAAGCGACACUUUUGGCAUUUACUUGAGAGGAUUAUAUAUAGGUUUGGCACAGUUAUAUAUAAUUUUCGUCUAAAUUUAAGGUUUUAAUCUAAUAUACAUGUACGCGCAGAGGAAGGAGAGGAAUGAACUUACUUAUAGGCAAACCCCACAUGACACUCGACACAGAUACAGAUACAGAUACAGCAUGUAGUUAUAUAGAUAUUUAAUUGGAGUAACCCGUAGCCCUACACUACACUACACUACAAAUUAUAUUGGUAAUAAGUUCUACGCAAGCUAAGGCUGCCUUUUCGGGAGAGAAAAGGCAGUGGCACCCGCACCACCAACUACUCGUAAGUCAGCCCGUGUUUUAGUUUGAUUCAGUGUUUGUUUUAGUUAAAUGUGCUAAAUAAAUGGAACACAAACUUAUGCCCACCUCAGCCACCAAGAAGACGAAGCAGAGAAUCGAAUUGUAGAGAGCCCUAAACAUUAAUAGUCAGACUUCCGAUCACAACUAACUCUAAUGAAUCGUAAACCCUAGACGGCGAAGGAUACCAUAGUAGGAGUCCUUAAGAAAUGACGAAGAGACGGCGUUUGAGCGAGAGUAAAACACAUUAAAAUGUAAUUUAUAUUACCUCCUUAGCAAAAAUCAAUAACAAAUAACGAAUAACAAGUAACAAUGUUUUCUAAUGCAUAUUAAACUAUGAUAAAUCAAGGCGAAGUAAAACAAAAUAUGUACGUUUAAAUCAAGUAAUUAAUUAUAAACGAUUAAAAGCAGUUUUUGUUUAGUUCAUAAUUUCUACUCAGUAAAACACACUUAUAUUUUAUGUUAACGAAUGAAAUAUUUGCGCGCCUUCACCCCGCCCCUUUUCGGUCCUCUGACGGUCUUCAGUUUCUGGAACAUGCCAAAACCCGUGUAGCAGCAGCAAAAUGUUUAAACUUUAACCGAAAUUCUUAAAAACCAAUUUUUGAUGGCUCCCUCCGAGCUCUCUCAGAUCAUCUGAUGACGAAAUGUACAAAUUGGUGAAGUUUAGGCACUUUCAACCGCGAUCCUUCCCCGCCUCCGAUUCCCCAAGGCCAAGGCAAUAUGGCGCAGCAGAUAUUUCCGAAAUUAUACUCCCAAAAAGCACCCACUCUGUAUCCACCCCGAACCCAUCCACCAAAUUUAUAGAUUGAUUUUAUGCUCCCGAAUGUAAUUUUGUUUAAUUAAAUAUACACACUUAGCACACUUUGUUUACGCCUAAUUCAUAAUGUGUAAUAUAUGUAUACUUUGUACCUUUUUAUGUUAUACACCAUCCCCACGAUCCCGAUCCCCGCCAGGAACCGAUCCCUCGCCCAGUGUUUAAUCCCCUCGCCCUACGCUCCUCCUCUCCUACACAUUUUGGCAAUUCAACUUGAAUGUCUACUUUUAAUGUAAUUUAGUUGAAUAUUUUAGUUGAUUUUUAUUAUUAUUAUUCGUACUCCGUAUGGAAAACUAAAUAAAUUUAAUUGUAUUUCAAUAAAAACGAAAAAAGGACAAAAAUUACACACUUUCUGCUAUUAUUAUUACUACAAUUAAUAUUGAAUUUUUGUUGAAUUUUCAAAUGAUUAAAUGAAAUAUUUUUAAUAA